AGCCGCCUAGUGGAGAGAAGAUUAGGGCAGUACAAUGUAAACACUAGACAGCACAGGAGCAUGCUGUAAUUUGUUAGUAACUCACAGUCGUCUGGGCAAGUUGUGGCUGCUUUUUGUAGUCCCAAAUACGCCUCACAAACGUCCCAAAAGGGGGCCAAAAAGUGAGUCGUAAUUUUUCGCCACACCUAGGGUUGCCCCCUGUUUGGUUUUGAGCCGAACAGUUCUGUUUUUGUAAAGCCUGUUCAGGACUCAACUUUCUGUUUCAUUUAAGUGUAGGACUCCACGAGCGAUUUUGUCGCGAUCCGACGCGCUGCGACCAAACGAAUGCGACAAAAAUAAGAUCCUCAGUGGACUUCCCACACAUUGGGCAUCUUUGUUUGCUUGGAUUGCUCAGGGAUUCACCACAAUCUCCCAGAAAUCAGUAAAGUGAAGUCUUUGACUAUGGACAACUGGGACGAUGCCCAAGUUCAGGAGAUUGUCAUCUGAUUUAAUUCCAUCCGAUUGGCCUAGUUCAGCUACAUGCAAAUUGCCUUUCCAAAAGCAUCUGACAAAGAGCAAACUGAUGGCUUUAAAAAAAAGAUGGUUCACUCUUGACCACCGAAGACUGAUGUAUUUCAAGGACCCUUUGAUGAGUGAUUUUCUGGAGCUGGAAUUAUGGCAUCUCAGGAAUUAUGGCAUCUCAGUCACUACCCCAGGGCGCACCUACAUUCUUAUCUGUGAGAGUGAGAGCGAGUGGGAGAACUGGCUCACUGUGUUCAAGAAGGUGAUCAGUCAACCCAUGACUGUUAGAGAAUUCUCAGGUUAGACUUUCAAUCAGUUUUAAAUCACAUUUACUUUAUUUAUCUUCCCUCCUAUUCCAUUUAAUUCUUUCAUGUUGUCUUUCUCCAUGCUCCACUUACUGCUUUACUUCACUUCAAAAAACUCUUUUACCUCCCUGCUCUGCAGGGCCCUAUCACCAUCUGUGCUUCAGAUGACAUAACCCUUACCAUAUUCAUUUCUCUAUUACUUUCUCCACCCCUCUUUUAUUUGCUGAAGCGCAUUUCAUGUUAGGAUACACUUUUGAGGCUCUCUUUUCUUAGGUUAAAGGAGUGGAUCACUUUAAGCAUGUAAUAGAAUGGCCAAUUCUAAGAAACAUUUCAGUUGGUCUUCAUUAUUUAUUUAUUUUUAUAGUUUUUGACUUUUUCCUCUGACUCUUUCCAGCUUUCAAAGGCUACACAUUUAUUGU